CAGAACAUAAUGACUAUCCGGCAAAAGAAAUAGACACUAUUUCUUUUAAUAUUUUGAAUAAUCGAUUCGACAAUAUUUUUUUUUAUCGUGUUAUAUGAGUGGAUAUUUAUUUUUCAAAUAUUAUUAUACUUAAAGAGUGACAACAAUUAAAAGUGGUAACAUUAAACAAUUUCAGACUUUAUAUGUUACAGAAAUGUCCACCACCAUAAAAGCACACCUUCUCUUAAACGUGUCGCCGGAUUUUGAACCCCUCCACUCUCGUUCCAGCAUCAGUUGUAUAUAAGUAGCUAGCCGACUUCUACGACCACGCACACGCAUCACGGCCGAAUCUCGAACUGCUACAUUGGCGUAAUAACGAGAAACCGUUCACGGUAUACCUGUUCACUGUUCAUAAUCAGGUCGUAAAACGGUAAUUAUGACUAUCGCCGUCCAUUGGUUUAGAAACGGCUUAAGGUUGCAUGACAACCCAGCCUUGAUUGAAGCUCAAAACAAUGCCGAUAAUCUUAUUACACUGUUCAUUUUUGAUGAAACAACAUUCAAUACAAAAUGGUAUGGGUACAAUCGGUUGCGUUUUCUUCUGGAAAGUUUAAAAGACCUGAAUAAUAAUUUAACUUUAGUUGGAGGACAUUUGUAUAUACUUCAAGGAUCUCCUGUCAAAAUAUUUAAAAUGAUAAAAGAAAAGAUUGGGCUGGAUUUUAUUACUUUUGAACAGGACUGUGACCAUAUUGGUAAAAAUCGUGAUGAUAAGGUGAAGAUGUUUUGCAAUGAAAAUGAAAUAAAAUACAUUGAGAAAGUUUCUCAUACACUGUGGAAUCCAAAAUUAGUAAUCGAAAAAAACGGUGGAAUAGCUCCAUUCACUUAUAAACAGUUCCAAAAUACAGUGAAUAAAAUUGGUCAACCUCCAAAGCCGGUUGGUAAUAUUGAUUGGUUGAGUACAAUUUUUGAAGAACUUCCAACUUCUAUUCUAGAUGAAUUUAAGGUGUUAAAUAAUCCAACUCCGGAAAGCUUUGGACUUUAUCCAGAAUUUCCAGAAAAUCUAAUAUCUUCACAUCGUUGGUAUGGUGGUGAGACCAGAGCUCUAGAGCAAUUGAAUGAACGACUUGAAUAUGAAAAAGAAGCAUUCGUUAAUGGGUUUUAUUUGCCUAAUCAAGUAAAUCCUGAUCUUUUAAGCCCAUCGUCCAGCCUAAGCGCUGCCUUACGAUAUGGAUGCUUAUCCAUAAGAAAGUUUUACUGGGAACUUUCAAAACUUUUUAUCAAACAAUUCGAAGGAGAUUUAUUACCUCAGUACAGUGUUACCAGUCAACUGAUUUGGAGAGAUUAUUUUUACACUAUGUCUAUUGAAAACAAAAACUUUGGCCAGAUGGAGGAUAAUCCAGCGUGCAUUUCAAUACCUUGGAAUGAUAUUAAAAUUCCGGAAAAUAAAAAGAUGUUAGAAUGUUGGAAAACCGGCAAAACUGGAUAUCCUUUCAUUGACGCUGGGAUGAGACAAUUGAUGCAGGAAGGGUGGGUUCAUCACGUAGUGCGAAAUUCAUUAGCUUGUUUUUUGACAAGAGGCGAUCUCUGGAUUAGCUGGGUUGAAGGGUUGAAUCAUUUUAUGAAGUAUUUGUUAGAUGCUGAUUUUUCUGUGUGCUCCGGUAAUUGGAUUUGGGUAUCGAGCUCUACAUUUGAACAACUGUUGGACUGUCCUUUAUGCGUUUGUCCUGUUAAUUACGGUUUAAGGCUCGAUCCAUCUGGAGAAUACAUUAAACGAUAUAUUCCUGAAUUAAAAAAUAUGCCCAUUGAAUUUCUAUACGAACCGUGGAAAUGUCCUGAAUCAGUUCAAAAACAGGUAGGAUGCAUUAUUGGCAAAGACUAUCCUAAUUGCAUUGUCAACCAUACAAAAGUUUCACGAGGAAACAGAAAGAAAAUGCUGGCAUUACGUGCUUCGAUGACAAAUGAGCACAUGGUACCUCAUUGUUGUCCUUCAGAUCGCGAAGAAGCUCAAAAAUUUAUGUUCCUUCCUGAUGAAUGCAUGCAACAAUUGCUUCCUUUGGACAACGACGAUAGCGAAAUAAUUUACACAUUAAAAGUGUGUAUAAUGUAGAGUUAUCAGAAACGUUGUUCUAUACCUAUAUUCCUAUACAAGUAUAUACGGAAAUAUUAUCUUAUAUUGUUAAAUUAAAUUAUUAUUUAUUUAUUUUUUUUUUUUACGAUAUAUAUUCAAUAUUGAAAUAUGUAUUUAUCAUUAAGUUAAUCUUAAAAAAAAACACUAUUUAAACUUUAAUAAUCAUUAUUACCUGCUCCUACUCUGUCAAUUUUAGAAUAUCACUUAGUUUUAUUUUACAUUUAAAUACUUAUAGCCAAAUCUACUUAUUU